AUGAGAGGAACUCGUAGGUGGUCAGUAACCCAAGAUCUAAAUUCUGCUCAAUUCAUAUUCAACUUGAUGCAGAAUUUCCCCAAAACAACAAUGGUAAUGGACGUGCGAUCUCCAGCAGAAUUCAAUCACAUGAGACUUCACAAUUCCCUCAAUAUCCCUUACUGUGAUCAAUACAGUGAUUCUCCAUCAAUGCAAGAUCUGAGACAGCACGCAAUAGGAGAUUUAAAAUUAUUUGAUAAUAGAAGACGGCUUCUUAUUAUUAUCGUAUUCAGCCCUCCUGGUAUUGUAUUCGCGAGAGAAGUCGCUUAUAUCUUAUGAAAAGAUAAAUGCAAAGAAGUCCAUGUACUUGAAGAGGAAUUCGGCCAUUUUGCUCAAAAGUACCCGUUUUUGUGCUUAGGGGACGGAUUCCCAACAUAUAAAUUGCCAGCCUUUGGAUACCCUAGUGAAAUUAUUCCUUUUCAGUUAUAUUUAGGUGAUUAUCACCAUGCAGAAGACCCAUUGGUCGUGGAAUGCUUAAAAAUCACACACAUUCUAAAUGCAACGAACUGCUUUGAAGCAAGAUUUAUGUCAAAAGGGGUUGUUUACCUCAGACUAGGAGUUGAAGAUUUAGCAACUGAGGAUAUUUCUAACUCCCAGCUCCCUAAGCGAACAAAAACAUUGGAAAAAUCCCUAUUUUUUGACCAAAAACCCAUUCUCCUCGAGCGAACAAAAAAUUUUUAAAUAACAAGUUUUUUAUGGAAAAAAAAUUGAUAUAGAAGUGAUAAUUAGUAUAUAAAAUCUCUAGCUAAUUCUGUUUAAUUUUAAACAGCUUGCAUUUUAAAACAUAAAUUUUUACAAAUUAAAUAAAUAUUUGCUUUCUGGGGAUUUUUUAAAUUUCGAAAAAAAAAUUACUAUAAAAUUUUAUAUAAUCAAAUUUUUUAAAAAAAAAAAAUUAAACCCCUGAGCAGAUAAAAAUAUUUUGUUCGCUCACGGGGAUAAGCAUUUUCAGCUGGCUUACAAUUUUAUAAAAAAUGCCUUAAAAGAGCCUAGAGGAAGAGUCCUAGUGCAUUGUGCACAAGGGGUUAGCAGGUCAUCUACAUAUGUAAUAAUGUAUUUGAUGAGAUCAAGGAAAAUUAAUUAUGAAGCAGCAUUAAAUAUUGUUAAACUGUAUAGAGAAGUUGCAUGCCCUAAUGAAGGAUUUGCAAAACAGUUGCAAAAUUUGAUUUUUACUGAUUAUGAUAGUGAUAGCAGUAGUGAAAGCGAUAGAAGCAUUGCAAAUGAGUAUGAGAAUGAGACUAAUCAAGACAAAGUUAUGAUAGAUUAA